GGACAUGUGGGACGACUACAUGUGUACGAUAACAAUGUAUAUAUAAAAUUUUUGAAAAUAAAACAAUGGCAGCAAUAACAAAAAUUAGAAAUAAUAAUUUGAUAUUUAAACGUAAUAUUAAUUUAACUUGGAGAUUAUAUGCGAAACCCAAAAAAGCUGUUGAAAAUAAAUAUUCAAGGACUGUUUUGUUACCACAAACAAAAUUUCCAUCAAGAUUAAAUGGAGAAAAGAGAAUUGAUAUGGAUAAUUAUUUGAUUGAAAAAUGUGGAUUUAAUGAUUUGUAUAAUUGGCAAAGAGAUAAUUUAUCUGGUCCAGAUUUUAUUUUACAUGAUGGACCACCUUACGCCAAUGGUGCUGUACACAUGGGUCAUGCUGUCAACAAAAUAUUGAAAGAUAUAACAACAAGGAGCCGUGUUUUAAAAGGCCAGAGAGUUCAUUAUGUACCUGGUUGGGAUUGUCACGGGUUACCGAUUGAAUUGAAAGCUCUGAGUGAUUGGGAGAAUCAAAAAGAUUCAUUAACACCUCUGCAAAUUCGACAGCAAGCACGAAAAUUUGCGGAGGAAGCUGUAAAAAAUCAACGAGAGUCAUUUAUGUCCUGGGGAAUAAUGGCAGAUUGGAAAAACAAUUGUUAUUUUACGAAUAAAAUCUCUUAUAUGACUAAUCAACUGAGACAAUUUAUGAAUAUGUAUGAAAAAAAUUUAAUAUUCAGGGCAUUUAAACCUGUCUACUGGUCACCGUCAUCCAGAACAGCAUUAGCUGAGUCUGAGCUUGAAUAUAAUCACCAACAUAAAAGUAAAUGUGCUACUGUACGUUUUUUGGUAACUACAUUGUCAGACAAAUUAAAAUUACUCGAAAAUCAUUCGGUUUAUGCUCUAACUUGGACAACAACACCCUGGACACUGGUUGCCAAUCAAGCUUUAGCUUACGCUGAAGAUAUUUCAUACUGUAUUGCUGAAGAUUCUCAAAGCAAUUGUUAUAUAGUCGCUGAAGAUUUAUUAAACACUGUUGUGGAAAAAAUUGGUCCUCUUAGGCCAAUUUUGACUGUUUUAGGUAGCGAUUUAGCUGGAUUAAAAUAUUCUCAUCCAAUCACUGGUAAAACAAUGCCAUUUUAUCCAGCAAGUCAUGUUACUAGUAAAAUUGGAACUGGGUUAGUUCAUACAGCACCUGCUCAUGGACCUGAUGAUUUUAUUGUUUCUGUAAUAAAUAAUAUACCUGUUUUGUCGUUGGUUAAUGAAGACGGUCGUUAUACAGAGGAAGCUGGUCCUUUUGCCGGAUUAGAUGUAUUAAAAGAAGGUGGAGACGCUAUUUUAAAAUCCAUCAGUAAAGAUGUAAUGCAUACCGAAGAUUUGAUACACAGUUAUCCUUAUGAUUGGCGUACUAAAAAGCCAAUUAUUACCCGAGCAAGUUAUCAAUGGUUUAUUAAUACUGAAUCAAUUAAACACAAAGCCAUUGAAGCAAUUGAAAGUGUAAAAAUGUAUCCAAAAGUAAGAGAAAGCAUCUAUUUAAAUAAUUUAAAGAAGCAAAUUCUCCAGCGACCUUUCUGGUGUAUAUCACGUCAACGUGCUUGGGGUACACCAAUUCCAGUAUUUUACAAUAAAGAUACCGGAGAAGUUAUUAUUAAUAAAGAUAUUAUUGAACGACUAUGUAAUUUAUUUGAACGUGAAGGUCCUGACUGUUGGUGGACUUUGCCAGUUAAUAAAUUGAUUGGACAUAAAUUGCUGGAUAAAUUAAAUAUCGAUGCUGAUAAAUUGCAAAGAGGAAAUGAUAUUAUGGAUAUUUGGUUAGACAGUGGAUUAUCUUGGUCAACAGUUUUACCAGAAAGAGAACAAGCAGACCUUUAUGCAGAAGGUAUGGAUCAAUUUAACGGAUGGUUUCAAUCAUCAUUACUUACAUCAAUAGCUGUUAGAGGAAUUUCUCCUUUCAAAUCAAUAUUUGUACACGGAUUUACUGUAGAUGAAAGUGGAAAUAAAAUGUCCAAGUCACUGGAUAAUGUUAUAAGUCCAGAGGAAAUAACUCGUGGGGGAAAAAAUCUAAAAACCAAACCGGCAUACGGUGUUGAUACUUUGAGAUGGUGGGUAGCAAGUCACGGUAUUCAACACACACAGAUUCCAGUGAUCAAUACUUUACUACAAAAUAGCAUCGAAUCUGUUAAUAAAAUUCGAUUGAAUUUUAAGUUUCUACUGGGAGUUCUUCAUCCAUAUGAUAUACCCAAUGAUAUUAAACCCAAUUAUUUAAUUUUGGAUAAAUACAUGUUGCAUCGACUUUAUCAUUACCAUCAUGAAAUUCAAAAUUAUUAUGAUAGCUACGAGUAUCACAAUGUUUGCAAAGCAGUUCUUAAUUUUGUAGCUAACGAUAUAUCGGCUAUUUACUGUCACCUUACUAAAGACAGACUUUACUGUGAAGAAGCAACUUCUCCAUUAAGAAUAGCAGCUACUAAUAUUAUUGGAGAAAUUCUUUCUAUAUUAACGCGAUCUGUUGCUCCAAUAAUUCCACACUUAGCCGAAGAAGUUUGGCUUUAUCAUCCGGAUAAUCUUGCAUCUGUACCACUGUAUCGUUCAAGGCACACAUUGCCAAACGAUUGGAACAUGCCUGAAGUUGAGAAAAUAAUAAACUCAGCUUUAAGUGUCAAAAGUAUUUUAAAUAAAGAAACAAAUAUAAAUACUUUAGAAUUAGAAGCCACUGUAAAAGCGGAAACAGAAAUACUUUCUACAUUAGCGCCUCUACAGCCUGAAAAUACCUCAACGAGCUCUGAAUUAUGUAAUAUUCUCCAAGUAAAUAGAGUUACUUUGAUUGAAGAUUCAGAGUGUACGACACCAAAAGUAGAUUUAAAACCAAUUGAACAAGCAUUAUGCAAACGUUGUAGAAAAUUUUCAGAAUCGACUCCUGGUGAACCGUGCAUCAGAUGUAUACAAAUAAUAAAUUUGUAUUCUACUUUGUGAUUAAAUAAAAAUUAAUUUAUUUUUAGAUAAA